CACCGGCGGAGGUGUUCUCCGGACCGAAGCCGAGGCCACCAAAAGCGUCAGAGCGGCCGACCGGCAGGCAACCCAACCCAAUCCAAUCCAAUCCCGACGGAACGGAACGGAACGAAAUGCACCCGGCGAGGAUCGCUUCCGCCCUUCGCCGUCCCGGGCGGUCCGGGGUGGCCGCUUCCGCCUCCCUGCACCACCGCCGAUCCCUGGCUUGCGCAGCGACGAAAAGGUGGGCCGGAGCGGGGGAUGCCGGGCGGAAACGGAGGAGGCCCGCCUGGACCACCGCUUCGGCGAGCGGGCGUUUCUGUUUCCCGAUCGCCAGCGGCCGCAGAAGCCUCGGCACCACGGCGGCCGGAGGCCCGGGGCUCUCGACACCGCCGGUGGGUUCGGAGGACCGCCCGGUCUGGCUGAAGCGGCUGGACGAGGACCCCUCGGCCCCGAUGGAACCCCAAGCGGUCUAUCGGUACCUCGGAAUGAAAGACUACACCCGCGAGGAACUCGAGGACCGCUUCCGGGGCAUCGCGGGAGGGAGCCCGGCCGCACCCUUGGAGAAAGAUGGCGCCGGCGGCGGGCCAGGCACGGAGGGUUCCCCCGGACAAGCGGGCCCGCGUUUCGACCGGGACCGGCUCCGGUCCUACCUGUCGCAGCGGAUCCGUGCCGAGGAGCGCGAGGUCUUUUCGGACCCUUCGGCGGUGGAACCAAGGGGGGACCGGACCGAGCACCUGCGCAGCGCGUACAUCGAGGCCGAAACGAGGCGGCUGUGGAAUUUUUUGCAGGGGGGCGAGGAUCCAUGCCCCGACCGCACAAGGGAACAAACGGCGAAAACGAAAACGGCGACGACCAUGGCCGUGGAAACCGCCUGCGAUCGGGUGCUGGUGUCGGCGAGGGCCGUCGACGGCCAGAGGCUGUGGCCGCUGACCCUGAGCAUGGUCAUGAUCGGUCUCAGCGUGGGGGUCACCACCCCCGCCUUUCCCUUUGUGGUCCAGAACCUCGGGCUGAGCACGGGGGAGUACGGGAUGGUCGUCUCGGCCUUUGCCCUGACCAAGCUCUUUGGGAACAUUCCCUUUGCGGUGCUGGUGGAAACCAACGGACGGAAGGUGCGUUGUCUUGUGUUGUGUCGUGUUGUGUUGUGUCGCCCGGUGUUUGUUUCUUGUCUGGCAAUGGUAGUAGCGUGCCUGCAGGAUUGUGAAACUCUCGGAUCCGUGGUUCGAUGCCCCUGCCACGCCAUCUUUCUCGGUGAUUCCCAUCCCUAACAAAAACACACUAACUCCUCGAUUCGCGCAAUCCUUUCCCCUCGUAUCGCUCGUCGGCUCGGUGUUUUCCUUGGCUUCUCACGAAACAAACCAAAACCAAAUCCAACCGCGGCAACCCAAUGGAAACACAAUGGAAACACAACACAACACAACGCAGCCGUACCUGGUCUACACGAUGAUUGCCAUUUCGACGGGCGUCGGCUGCAUCGGCCUGGCCUCGGGAUUCGAGGAACUCUACGCCUGCCGGCUCGUCACGGGGCUUGGGGUGGCGGGCCUCUCCUGCGCGGCCACCAUGACCGUGACGGACAUCUCCACCCCCCUCAACAGGGCCUCGAGCUUUGCGCCCAUUUCGGCGGGCUUUGCGGCGGGGACCGCCCUGGGACCCGCUCUGGGGGGCGUCCUCAUCGACCAGAUCGGGGUCAAUCCGACCUUUUACCUGGUGGGGGGGUCCUUCCUCAUGCUGGGGGGUGUCAACUCCUUCCUGCUCGAUGAGACCCUCCGGAAGCCCAACCAAAGCUUUCCCUGGAGGGAAGAAACCAAGACCGAAAGCAAGACCGACGACGACGAAGGAUCGAUCAAGAAUGCCUUUCACAAAGCCCUUGGCCAAUGGGUACCCCUCUUGUCGGAAGCCCCGGUCCGAAGCGUUUGCAUCAUCAACGGCUUUUACUGGGUGGCCCUGGCCGGCAGCCAGAUGACCCUGCUGCCCCUCGUUCUGACGGAUCCCCACGGGCUGGCCAUGACGGCCACACAGGUCGGACAGGUCUACAUGGGGAUGAGCUUUGUCCAGGUCUUUGGCAACCCGCUCUUUGCCAGGAUCGUCGACCGGGCCGGGACCGUCCCGGGCAUCGUCGGGGGCUGUUCCCUCAUAUCGGGGGCCAUGUUCGCACUCCCCCACGCCACCGCCUCCGGUGAUCUCGGCCAGAUGGCGGCCGUCCUCGGGGUCUGGUCCGCGGGCUCCUCGCUCCUGUCCACGGCCCCGAUCGCCCACAUCAGCGACCGGGUCGACGACGCCAGGCGGGCCCAGGCGAUUGCGCUGCUGCGGACGUCGGGGGACGUGGGCUUUCUGGUCGGAGCCUCCACCAUGGGGCUCCUGUCGGACUGGACCGGGGGCCUCGACACGGCGAUGCAAUCGAGCGCCGCGAUCCUGGCGACGGCGACCUCCUGGUACUGCGUCCGCAGCGCCAUGACGUCCCGACAGAAACAAUAGCUGGCGCAUAAACUAACUAACGACCGAACGAAUUAGGAAAGAAACGGAGGACUGGUGCAAAGAAUCGUGAAGAAGGCAACUGCGAACGAUAGGACGGCGGGCAAUCAUGCAUGCACUUGUGUGGAACAAAUGUCAGGACCAGGUACCUAUCCCGCGAGAAUCACCAUGAUCUGCUGGCGUGGCUGCCAUUCUUGCAAGCAAAACAUAUGAUAUCCAUAGCGCAAGUUCUUUCGUUCAGUUCACACAUUCUUAUGCUAGUUUCUGUUGUAGGCGAGCAUCUCCAAGCAAGGUAUUAAAUUUUUGUCAGUCUG